AAUUAAAGAAAAAAGAAAAACAGAAAGAGUAUCGUGAAAAACAAAAGGAGAAGAAAAGAAGCAAAAGGCUUACGAAGCAGGCCAGAAAGGCCUCGUCGGCCCCGAAGAAAGAGGAGGCGGGCCCUGGGACUGGCGGUGCUCCGGUGAAGGGCCCUGCACCCCCGAAGGAGGCCCGAGCGUGUGGGAAGAAAGAGAGCACUCGGGUAAAAGCCCAGAAUAAAGUGCAGGACGAAUCCGAAGAGGAGCUUCCUCAACUGGUACCAAUAGAGAGGACUCCAGCGAAAGAAAACGGAGAGAUGCAAAAACAAGCCGCAGGAAAGAAGUCUCCAAAGAAGAGUCCCAAUCCCAGCGCACCUCGUGGGAAGAAGAGAAAGGCCCUUCCCAGUUUCGAGACCCCGACGGCUGCGGAGCCCAAGACCCCAGGUAGCAGCCCGGGCAAGAAGCCAAGAAUCAAAGAAGAGGCGGGAAAAGAACCAGACUCUUCACUGGGCAAAAAAGACCCAAGACAGGUGACCAAAAAGCCAGGGGCCAAGUUCUUCACUACUCCCAGUAAGUCUGCGAAAAAAGCCCCCCACGCCCCCAAACAGUGGCCCAAAAAGUCCAGAGUGCCCCAGUCGACCUAAAAAUCAGAGACUCAAGCAGAAGGAAUCCUCCAGACUCCCUAAAGAGCUUUUUAAAAAAUGCCUGGAUCCCGCCCCUGCCCGGCGCAGUCUCCUCGAGGAGUGAGGCCCAGACUUAAAUACUUGUUAAAACCUCCGCAAGCAAUUCUGACGGAUGUUGGUGGGCGUGGGAAAGAGUAGUUGUGAAGGAGACCCAUUUUUUAAGUUGCUUUUCCAUGUAUUGCUAAUGUAACAGAGGGAAAAUACAGUGCUUCUGUGUGGUUGCUUGUUAUUAAAGUGUAACGGCUUCUGAGUAAA